CGGCAAGCACCAAGUCCAGACAAGUAACGUCACAAUUCACUAACACCAUUAUUCCCAGAAAAGGGCCAUCUGUCUGUCACUCGUUAGCCCCAAGGAGCUUAGCUUGCUCCUCCAUUUCUGCUGAAUCAGAAUCAGAAAUCACAACUCUUUCUUCUAUCUCUCUGUAAAUUUGGAAAAAAAAACUCAUCAUCAAGGAAGGUUGAAGAAGAAUGCCUGGCGUCAGAGGGCCUUCAGAUUACUCGCGGGAGCCACCUCGACAUCCCAGCCUCCAAAUCAAUGCCAAGGAACCUUUUAAUGCGGAGCCACCGCGUUCAGCUUUGGUUUCGUCGUACGUGACUCCUGUGGAUUUCUUCUACAAGAGGAACCACGGUCCUAUUCCGGUAGUGGACGACAUCCACAGUUACUCAGUUUACAUCUCCGGAUUAAUAGAAAAUCCCAAACACCUCUUCAUGAAAGAUAUCAGGGCGCUUCCCAAGUAUAAUGUCACUGCCACUCUACAGUGUGCUGGUAAUAGAAGGACGGCUAUGAGCAAAACCCGGACUGUCAAGGGAGUUGGGUGGGAUGUUUCUGCUAUAGGAAAUGCUGUAUGGGGUGGUGCAAAACUGGCUGAUGUUCUUGAACUCGUCGGAAUACCCAAGUUGACAGGUGCCACUAAAUCAGGUGGAAAACAUGUUGAAUUUGUAAGCGUUGAUAAGUGUAAGGAGGAAAAUGGGGGCCCCUACAAGGCAUCAAUUCCACUAAUUCAGGCCACAAAUCCAGAAGCAGAUGUUUUACUUGCUUAUGAGAUGAAUGGAGAGACUCUUAACAGGGAUCAUGGGUAUCCAUUGCGUGUGAUUGUCCCGGGUGUUAUUGGUGCCCGUUCUGUUAAAUGGCUUGACUCUAUUAAUGUAAUUACUGAGGAAUGUCAGGGUUUCUUUAUGCAAAAAGAUUACAAAAUGUUUCCUCCUUCGGUGAACUGGGAUAACAUUAAUUGGUCUACUAGGAGGCCACAAAUGGAUUUUCCCGUCCAGUGUGUAAUUUGUUCUUUAGAGGAUGUGAAUGCUAUAAAGCCUGGGAAGGUAAAAAUUACCGGGUAUGCGGCAUCAGGAGGUGGUCGUGGCAUCGAGAGAGUAGAUGUGUCUUUUGAUGGUGGAAAAACCUGGAUAGAGGCUUCUAGAUAUCAGAGGACGGGAAUCCCAUACAUUUCAGAGCACACAAGCAGUGAGAAAUGGGCAUGGGUGCUUUUCGAGGCCACGGCUGAUGUCCAACAGAGCACUGAGAUUGUUGCGAAAGCAGUGGAUUCAGCAGCAAAUGUCCAACCUGAAAAAGUGGAAGACAUUUGGAACUUGAGAGGUAUACUGAACACUUCAUGGCAUCGCGUGCAGGUUCGAGUCGGUCACUCGAAUUUGUAGACCAAGCACGAGAAAGGAAAUAAUUGAUCUAUCCGAGGCUGCUUCUUUCUUUUGUGCAACAUUGACAGACCUUAUGCUUUCCAUGUGCGAAGUAAUAAAAAUGCUUUUAGCAUGCUCUUCUUGAUGUUUGGACCUGAGAGGGUUGUUGAAGCUUUUUCUAAUUAUGCAGAGUGUUAUUUGCCUU